CACAGUCGAAGCAGGAUUUUAGAAUAUUACUUGGUCUGUUAACAUAUGAAGUGGGGUUACUCUUCGGCGGCGCCAUCAAGCUUCCCGCAUGGCGUCUGGCAAAGUCGGAGUAUUGUUUGCAUAUCUAAAUUCCAAUUGAAGUAUUUUUUUAGCUCAAGAAUGUGAUAAAUUAGUUCAACUUGCUCAAUUAGAUAUGCUUGAAAUUGAAACAAAGAACCUUAACAAGAUUUCACUGAAUAUCAUUUGAGAAUUUUUUUUAGCAAACGAUAUUACAAAAUGCAUUUUUUUUUUUUUAGUUUUGCAGGUAAAAUAUCUUUAUCAUCUGCUGAUAAAGGAAUUGUAAAAUAAUGGAGAAUUAGUUUAGUCCAAAAACAAUAGGAUUCGUUGAUGUCGGAUGUUGUUAAAAGAUUCUUUCAUACCGCGCUUGAGAAAAUUGAUAUGGAUGCAAAGAAGGGUGUUUUUAUACAUUCUGCUGAAAAUCCCGAUGAUAUAAUAAAGGCAUGCAAAGACCUAAUACAGAGCUGUAUAUCUGGAGGAAAAAUAGAAGCUGCAGUACCAGAUGAUAAAUAUGGGGGUAUAAAAUUAUAUUUAAAUAGAGAUGAAGUCGUACAGAAAUUUCUCAGCAGAAGAUUCUUAUUGAAAGAAAAUGGCGAAACACUCGCCACUAUACACCCACUGACAACGCAGCUGAUUGUCCGCGAUGCGAAAAUUUUAAUAGAAGAAGAAAAAUUUGAAAAAUUCAUGCUUUUCAUUCUAGAUAACUUAGAUAUUAAAUACCACCAGAUUUUGAAGAUAUCGAAUAUUCCCUUUUCAGAACAUCAUCCAGAUGUUUUGACUACCGACUUAAGAAUAAUUUUAGAUAUCCCCGAAAUAGAAGAUCUGUAUGUUUUUAAAGAUGUCGGUUUACCCAAAGACUUAGAAAUUCCAACAGGAACAGGGAAUGAAAUGAUAAGCCUGAAUUUUUAUUGCCCCACAUGUAAAAAAGGCGGGCAUACUAGUUGGAGUUGCCCUAAACGCAUUGGCUCCGAAGUAGCUUUGAAUUCUUCUCCAGAAAAACCUUCAAAUGCUGAAGCUCCUCAUACACCGAAGUCACGAAAUUCUAUACCAAGUCACAAAAAGGAAAACACAAAAGAAGUUAACACUCCUGAGGUUACACUUCCGCCUGAAAAAAUGGACGUUAGUAAAUUCGAAGGGAAAGUUGGAAAAGAAGAAGUCAGAUAUUACAACAUAUUUUAUCCUAACACCCCUGGUAGUAGCAACAAAAAAGUAGGCGUGUCCAGUUCCUCUACAAUGAAGCGUUCCCUGUUUCAUAAGGAUGACCAAAAGAACGAGUCCAAUUCCAAAAAAGCUCGUACUUCACUCAUAAAUAAUGGACAAGAGCAAUCUGAAGAAAUAUCAAAAAACGGCAAUAGUGAAAAUGAUAUUUAUGUCAUUCAACCAUCUGCUUCAACGAAGAAAGUUCAACAUUUGAAUCCCACAAGUGAAAGAUUCGAAAUCUACAAUGUAAACUCAGGAGGCAUAUCACCUAAUCCAGGUCCUUCAUCACUUCAGGUCUUCUCUGUCAGCAUUCCUCCUCGCAUCAAAGAGAUGUGGAUACCAUUAUGCGGUUUUCAGAGCAUCGAGCAGUUCGAGCCCUUCCUGGACCAUGCUAAGAAAAGAACGAAUCUACGUAAAUUGGCAAUAUUAUACGAUGUGAACUUCGAUGAGCUGAAGCAACAUUUGAACCAUUUGAGAAAAGCAUAUUAUAAUGAAAAGAAGUCAGGAAACAAUGAAGUCUGUAAGGAAGAAAAAGAGUUCAUGGAUUGGUUUGGAGGAUUGGUUGAUAGGAUGAAUUGAAUUUAAUGGUAAAAAGAAGUAAUUUAGAAUUCGCUAUUAAUUGGUGGAGUUCAUCUAAUUACACCAAAGCUUUUCUGUCUCUACCAAUUUAUUCAUAAGUAAUAUUUCAUGAUUUUAUGAAUUAUAUUUAUGGAACUGCUCUUCACAUUAUUUUGGAAAUGGCAAAUGGUAAAAAUAAUCAAAUUCCACUCAGCACUUCUUUUGAAGUAAUCAACUUAUUUAUUUAAAUUAGACAAAUAUCUUAUUUAAUAAAAAAAGUAACUUCUUAAUACUUAUUACAAAUAUUUUUUAUAAGGAUUUUUUUUUUCAAUUUUUGUACUGUUUUGGAUUAUAUAUAUUUAGAUAUACACUGUGUGGACAAAUUAUUAUGACCAUUAUAUCUUUAUAUUGGACUAAUUUUUUUUCUUCUAUACAAUGGUGGACCCCUUUUGCCCUUCAUUCUUGGAUGGUAAUACAUGGAUAUUAAAAUGAGCACAAAGCUGUUCAUCAUUUUUUGCUUUCUAAUUUACAUAUAAUUUGGUGCUUAUUUAUUAAGAUAAUGAAAAAUUCUCAAAUUUACACAUAGUUUUCCUUUUUUGAAAUUUUUAGAAUGUGUUUUGGUUUACAGUAUUGAUAAAGAAUAUAAGAAAUGUAGAAUAAAUACCACUUGAAAUUGUUUCCAUUCAUUCACUUCUGUUUCGUAGAGAUAGAAUUUUGUAAUCGAAAUUUCAUUUGCUUUUUGAUGUGUAAAGAUGACUAACUUCACGUCACAAAAUUCAGUGUAUUCUUGUUGACAAUACAAUCUUUAAUAUUUUCAGAACAUUAUUAUAAUUUAAUAGAUUGAUUUUUUAUUGUAUUUUUAGCUCAUUUCAGACAUCAUUUUGUAAAUUUUUGAACAACUUCAAUCAAUUUUUUUUUAUAUUUAUAACAACGAAUUAUUAAAUAUAGGAUUAUUCAAGACGGCGGUGCAGAAUUUAGGAAUUUCGUUCUAGUAAACGUAUUUUUCUCUGCUCUUCGUAUACGAGGAAGUAAAAUGAAGGUCAAUAGUAUCCUUCGU